GGUCUGACAUGAUAAACAGGGAAAAGCACCAAUAGAAUCUGCCGCGAGUCUCUAUAAGCCAAUGACAGAACACGAAUCCAUUCUGUACCGUCAGUCAACAGGGAGGGUGGAUACUACGUGUUUUAAAAACGUGUGAAAUGUCCUGAGUUUAAGCACGCAAAUUCUUCGGAUGCCACCAAAAAGUGGAAAAGCAUUCACCUAUCAAGAGCUCAAUGAGUAAUGAACCCAUUCUGGAGCAUGUCGACAAACGCUGGUCGUAAGAGAUCUGACAGUGAAGAGCAGAGUGGUCCAGGGGAGCAGAGAGCCAGUCCAGCUCGUCCUUCGUUUAGUAAGAAGCAGCUUCCCUCCAUCCCGAAGAAUGCCAUCCCCAUCACUAAAGCUGCUUCUCCGGCCUCCUCUACACAGUCUGCCAAUGGCACCCAUGCCUCGUACGGCCCUUUCUACCUGGAGUACUCGCUUCUGGCUGAGUUCACAUUGGUGAUCAAGCAGAAGCUCCCUGGUAUCUAUGUACAGCCUUCAUACAGAUCAGCACUGAUGUGGUUUGGAGUGAUUUUCAUUCGACAUGGCUUGUACCAAGACGGUGUGUUUAAGUUCACCGUCUACAUUCCUGAUAACUACCCAGAUGGAGACUGUCCUAGGGUGGUUUUUGACACCCCAGUUUUCCACCCCUUAGUGGACCCGGUCUCUGGCGAGCUAGAUGUGAGGAGAGCUUUCACCAAAUGGAGACGAAACCACAACCAUAUCUGGCAGGUCCUUAUGUACGCCCGCACAAUCUUCUAUAAGAUCAACACCAUGGAUCCGCUCAACCCAGAGGCUGCUGUGCUGUAUGACAAAGACAUCCAGCUCUUCAAAAGCAAGGUGGUAGACAGUGUCAAGCUAUGCAAUAGUCACCUGUUCGAUCAGCCCAAGAUCGAUGACCCUUAUGCAAUAAGCUUCUCUCCGUGGAAUCCAGCGGUGCAUGAAGAGGCGAAAGAGAAGAUGUUUGCACAUAAAGUGAGUGUGUGACGCUCCCCUGACUGCUCCCCACAACCAACGGCGGCCAGAGGAUUACAACAAAGGACUGCCGGUGUCUGGGCUGUCUUGGGUGAAGCCUGGUUCCACUCAGCCUUUCAGCAAAGAGGACAACCCCCUUCAGACGUGAAACUUCAGUGCUUCUGUCUGUCCACCAGGAGGGGCGCUAUGCUACUGUGGCUGCGCCGAACCACAUGUAUAGAAUUCUGAUGCAGUUCUAUGAACUUCAUCUUCAUUCGCAAAACCCUUGCUCAGCUUUAAAAGAAAAUCAUUUUAAACUGCUAUAAUAGCUUCAGAACUAUAGACAUGUUCCCGGUAUAGAUCUAAAGACCCCACUCGUUCAUUUCAACGCUGAGGCUUGAAUGCACAGAUGGCACCGAGAUGGUUCUAGUCAAUAAUGUUACUUGCACAUGUUUUCAGGCACAACAAACCACCUCACGUAUUUGUGUAGAUCAUGCUCUUCUAAAUGACAAACUUGGUUUUCUAACAAAUAAUUUGAUAGAUUUGAUACAUUUUCCUUUGUUUUCCUUUCCCUACAAACUUGGUUAAUAGUUUUAAUGUCAAACAUAAUUUAGCUGACUGGGACAUGCAUUUUUUUGCGCUUUGAUGUAUUGGGUUGAGGUUUUUUGUGUGUGUGUGUGUGUGUGUGUGUGUGUGUGUGUGUGUGUGUGUGUGUGUGUGUGUGUGUGUGUGUGUGUGUGUGUGUGUGUGUGUGUGUGUGUGU